AUGUCUCGUCUCGUUGCCCAGCAUCGACUUGGCGACCCAACCGUAUCUUUUACGACGAUCCUCGAUCAUUAUCUCGGCCGUACAUCUCCCCUAUGUCUAUCCCCGCGUGUGGAUAACACCCUCGAGCCCUUUUCACACUUAAACCUGACUCGAAUUAUUACGUGUCUAUACGGCAAUCUUGGUCCUCGGUACCUUGGCUUCUCCAUCAUUACCCCUGUCCAUCGCAAUGAUGAGACCUCCAAUCGUGCCGAGUGGACUGUGGGAUGCUUGGCCUACCAAUCACCGUCGUGCGAUAGCGCUGCAUGA